AUGGCCAAACGUCACUCUUCAUCACAAUCUUCUUCGCAAGCAUCUGAAAUUGAGGUUGAAAAAAUCGAAUCAAUGUUAGAAAGAUAUGGGAGGAUUCAAGUUCUAAAAUCAUAUGUGAAACGUACAGAACUGAAAAAAACAGAACAAACCGUAGAAAUUAUCGAUGAUGAUAAUAUUGAUGCUGAUUUAUUAUUAGCUGAAAAUCGUGAAUUACGCGCGAAAUUAAACAAAUUGCGUAAUAAACGUUUAAAUCUGGAGAAGAAAAAUAGUAAAGUAACACAAGAAGCAAAGAAAGUUGGUGAAGAACUUAAUAAGAUUAAAGAAGAUUUUAGUUUAUUAAUUGACAUUAAUAACACUUUUAGUAAGAAAAACGAAGAACUGAAGAGAAGAAUUCAUUCAAAUGAAAGUGACGACGAAUUUAGACAAAAAAGCGGAAAUAAAAAAAGAAACAAGGGGAAAAAAAUUGCUAGUGGUAGCGAUAAUGACAAAUCGGAUGAUAUGACGAGAAUUGAAACUGAGGAACUAACGGAAAAAGACGAGAAAAGCGCUAGGUUAAAGGAUUUACUCCGAAAUACACUCGAUGGUCAUUCAAAGAAAACUCAGACAGUACAACCACAGCGCUCAUGCUAUUAUGACAAUGAUUUACAAAGUCACGACUAUCCACAUCCCGCAAAAGCUCCUAGAUGGACUUAUGUUACCAGACAAAAUAUGAUUUAUGACACAGAAGUCAAAGAAAAAACCAGUGAAGAAGAUAAUAAUAAUUUGGAUAAUUACAAAGAAGUAGAAGUAGUUAGUAGUAAAAAUGCGGAAAAUGUUGCAAGUUAA